AUGCCACGGAACGAGCGCAGAACUCCCUCCCCACAGUUCAUAUCCAUCCUCAAAGAUGCAGGGCUGGAAGAGUGGUUGAAACCAGGCAGCGACUACUCAUCGGAGCCGCGUUACGGACCGUUCUAUCAGCACAGGUACUUGCUGUACGCAAACGACUGCGUGAGCAUCCUGCGAACUCUGGCGAGAUCCGUAGACUUCUCGGGAUACAACACACGGGAACCAGAACGGACGGCGCUUAUCGGACGAUCCUCACGGCCAUUUCUCGAGGCCGUUUGCCCAAGCAUCACCCUGUUGUCGUCCCCUUCCUCUCCUAGCACAUCGACAUCCACUGGAAGAUCGUCCGUGGACAGCAUGCAGAAGAUCGACGGUGACCUUGCAGGAGUACCGGGCGGUCUCUCGGACCUACGAUCAGUCGACAUUGGUCUCACAAUGCUACCAAAGCGCACACAACAUGUAUCAUCUCAACAUCUACAGUCUCUACAACCCACAUCCACGAUCAGGCCCUUCGACCUCCGUAUUCAGCACGGCAUUGCCGGCGGCUUUGCGCCCCCGAACCCCUCCGCGGUACACAACUUCCACCUGGACUCUGAUGCUCCCACGAUCACCCUUUUUUCAAUGGUGCGGCCAGACGGAACACCAUUUCUCCAACCAUACCCUCAAAAGUUCAUCUACGUUGGAUUCAACGACACGCCUGCGUUGGUGCAAGAACUUGAGUCUCUCUUCAAAGGGUUGCCGACGGAAGGUGGAGGAGACUUCUAUGAGAGGGAUGUCGGGGUCAUGUACCAGAGCGAGAGCCUGCGCUGGAUGAACACGAUGGAUACGGCGCCGCAGGGAUGCAACGUUGACUGGAUAGAGCGCGACGUGAAGCCCAGUGCAGAGCAGAAGAAGCACUUCGAGCGUGCGAUUGAGAUCGUGGACAUAUUGGAGAAGCGCGGCAAGCUGGAGUGA